AGUUGUGUGUUGUUGACUGGAAGGAAGGGGCUGUCACCAGCGAGGUCUGUGUCCGGAGGAGUCCGUAGGCCUGGGGGGCCAGGGGGACCUGGGGAACCUACACCUGGAGAGCCAUGGAGAAAAAACCUCCUCCCGAGAAAGAAGAAGGAAAGGAGGAAGAGGAGGAGGAAGAGGAGGAGAGCGGUCCUGAAGGGGCCCUGGGGAAGAAUCCGUUCCAGCUGACCGCCGACGAUGUCUAUGACAUCUCCUAUGUGGUGGGCAGGGACCUGAUGGCCAUCACUGGGGAAUCCAGGGAUGUGUCCACCAGGGUGACCCAGCUCCAGUUUAAAAUUGUGCGGGUCCUGGAGAUGCUGGAGGCCCUGGUGAAUGACUGCAAUGUGACCAUGGAGGAACUCCGGAUGGAGAGAGACAGCCUCAGGAAGGAGGUGGAGGGGCUCAGGAGCGAGGAGCAGCCCUCCAACACGGGGGAGGUGAACUCUGGAACCAACAAAAUCGUAGUGGAUCUGACAGACCCCAACCGCCCCAGAUUCACAAUGCAUGAACUCCGGGAGGUGCUGCAGGAGCGAAACAAGCUGAAAUCCCAGCUGCUGGUGGCCCAGGAGGAGCUCCAGUGCUAUAAGAGUGGGCUUGUCUCACCAAGUAACAACCAGCUGGCCAGAAGAGACUCAAAAGCCCCCGUGACAGGCUCCACCACCUCCAAAGGGGCCAAACAGGAGAAAACCAUCAUCCGGAAGCUCUUCUCUUUCAGGUCAGGGAAGCGGACCUAAUCCUGACCCCCCCAAGCCUGCGUGGGUGCCCCGUAGCGGCCAGCACUGAAGACCUGGAAAGCUUUUCUUGUGCCAUCUGUAGAUAAUGAUAUUUUGACUCAUCUAUUUUUCCCUAAAAAAUAAUUCAAGAAGGAAAUAUACAAUAAGGUUUUUCCUACUGCUUCAUUUCUCCUCAGCUCUCCCUUAAGAGAAAUGAGUAGAAGGAAAAAACAGUAGAUUUUGAGUCCGAGGACUUGGGUUCGACUUGGAUCGUGUUACUUACUACCUCAGUGAUGGUGGGCAAGGCUGUUCCCUUCUCUCAACCUCAGUUUCCCCAACUAUAAGGUAAGGGACUUGGAUGAAGUGAUCCUUACAGUCUCUUUCCACAUUAGAGGCCUAGAAGCCUCUCUCCCGUUAGACCUGAAGUCCCAUGGAUGGGGUGUGUUGGAGCAGUUAAAAUUGUCCCCUUGAGCCCAUAGGCAUGAGAAGGAAGCUUUAGAACAAUGGAACAAGAUUCAGUUAGAGGACCUGGAUUCAAAUCCCACCCUGUGGAGUCAGAAGAGCUGGACUGAAAGCCCAGCACCCCCAAUUCUUUGUACCUGUGUGACCUCGGUCACUUACCUUCCUUGGGCUUCCGUUUCCUCAGCUGUCAAAAUGGAGGGCUGGAGCUCAAUAGCCUUCAGGGAUUUUGUCUCCAGAGCUGGGCUAAAGUUUGUGGCUGCUUUGACCAAGUCUUCAGGGGUUCCACUGGGAGACUGCCCAAUGCCAACCCCCCCAGAAUUGACCCUUUGCUUCCACACUCAAUAAAGAAGCCAAUUAAAAUCAACAGAUGCUUUUUAAAUUUGUGGAGUGUGCAGAGGCCUGUGCUGGGCACUGAGGGAAAGAAAAACCAUUGAAAAGACCCAGAUCACCUUCAUGGUGCCAGCAGGGAAAAUGAUCAGCUAAAAAGAGAAAAGAAAAAGUUUACAUGUAAAGUAUCAACAAAUAUUUUCAUAUAUAUUUCACCAGUUAUAACCUCAUAGAACUUCAGGCUGGAAGGAACCACAGAAGUUGUCUAAUCCAUUAAAAAAAAUAUUUUUUGAUCAGUCAUUUUCAGUCAUGUCUGAUUCUCCAUGACCCUAUUUG